GUGUCAACAUGAUGCUGAGGAAGAUCGCGGUGGCGGCGGCCUCGAAGCCGGCGGGGGAGAUCAAGCAGGACGGGGAGACCUUCUACAUCAAGACCUCGACCACCGUGCGCACCACCGAGAUCAGCUUCAGGAUCGGGGAGGAGUUCGAGGAGCAGACGGUGGAUGGGCGGCCCUGCAAGGUGGGGGCGAGCCCUGCCUGCGCCGGGGGCUUAAUCCUGACGCUGUGCGUGAGGGCAGGGGCGCUCAUGCAUGCGCGUGUGUGCACGCAGGUGUACACGCGUCGCAUGUGCGUGCGCACACAGGUGCAU